AAAGACCUAAGUUGGAAACAGUUUUACAUUUAAAUCAUUUUCAUCCAGCAUAUCCUUAACGUAGCAUCAUACCACUAAUUGGACUUGACUUGUCGAAUUCAGCAGUGUCAGUCAUCUUGUGAACCACACAUGCCCUCGGAAGGAGUCAAAAAAUAUCUUCAAAAUGUUUAAAAAUGAAUAUCAGGGAGGGCCUGUGGUGGAAAUUUUCAGUGCACAAGGAAAAGAUCCUGUGGCAAAAUGGAAACUCUCCGGUGGACCUUCAGGAAUAAGUAAAGAGUUUGAUAAGGAGGUGAAGGGAUUUGUCUACUGCUUGGAGGGCAGCAGUCAGACCAACAGGAUGCAGAUACCGCGUGAUAGCAAAAUGGCUCUUGGACUGGUUCAGAAGUUCUUAGUCCUCCAAGUCAAGGUCCCCCUUGGUAAGGAUUUUUCUACAGAGCUUUUGAUAACUGAUGCAGGUCAUCUGAAGAGAAGACUGUACUUGUCAACAGUGCACAAGGAGGCUUCAGCAACCCCCCUUCAUGCCAGAAUACCUCUAACAAGUUUAGCCCGUAAUGUUUGGUGCAACAUGUGCAUUGAUGUGGAUUCGUUCACCCAAGAGAUGUUCAAGGGAGCAGUGUUUAUGCAUUUGGAUUCCAUUAGCAUAUCAGCCUCAUGCAAGGUCAGACGGAUCUUCACCAUGAAAGCUGAGCCUGCGGACUCGGACAGAGAUCUCUACAUCUAUAGACAUGGCAGACUGGAUGAAAUACCCAGGGCUUGCCAGUUUCCAGCUGAGGUUCAGCACAUCACCCAAGUCAUCAGCAUGAAAAGUGCGGCUGCCUCUGACGUUAGGGCCGCCUCUUGGAAAACAGAUUCUGAGCAGACCGCACCCCCGGCAAGUGCGCGCACCAAGAGCCACGACUCCUCCCAUGUGGCCUUUGGCUCCAGAGUUGCACGUCCACCCCCAUCCACGGGGAGGAAAAACAACCCAGCACCCAGCAGGCAAGGACAAGAGGACAAAGGCAGAUCUCGGAUGUUACAGCCUCGUCCGCCUCCAGACAGGGCAGCGUCUGAACGAACUCAGACCAGGAGGCCUCAGAUGCACAGCCCAGGGAGGGAAAGGCCCAUUUUAACAGAAAGAAGAAUUGUACCUCAGAAACUAGAUGAGCUGAAACAGGCCCCUACUCAUCCUCCUGUCCAGCCUGCCAUCGACCACAACAGAGGAGACGCUACAGAAGAUGAGGUGACAUCGCUGUGCUCUUUAGAGGACGGCUGUCUGGGUGACUCUGACCAGGAAGCCGGCCAGCUCGAUGAUGAGCCCGACCCGCUGUCUGUCCCCUCGGAGUCGCCGGCGCCUCUCUCCGCCCCUCUGGCUCCAGGGCAGCAGGGUGACAGUGACGUGAGUGACAAAGAGGAACCACUGCUCGUCUUGGAAGAGGGGGAGGAGGAGGAGGAGGAAGAGGAGGUGUUUAUUUUCUCCUCACGGCCACACUCGGCCAGGCGGGGGCAGGGCCUCAGUAACAGCGUCCAGGACAUGACCUUUGACCCGAACGCUCGAGGUGAAGAUGACGGAGGCAUGCGCAAAGAAGCGCGACCCGAAGACGACUUUAUUGGCAGUGAGAGUGAAGAGGACGAUGCCUACAUCAAGUUCCUUCUUCAGAGAGGUGCUGUGGAAUCCAGCCCAGCUCCCUGUACCUCACCGGAGCCGUCCCGCUUGGCCUCAGGGUCAAGCUUCCACCGCAAGUCUCCCGACGAGCCACGCCAGAUGAGUCCCAAAGCAGCAAGACCAACUCGCUCGCCAGGGGUCAGUGAGGGGUCAAGAAGACCUGACCACGGCGGUGUGGCCCCGACCCGCUGUCUGUCCCCUGGGGCUCCCAGGCUGAGCUCCUGGCUGGAGCGUCCAGGGAAGAGUGGCCCGGAUGCGGACUGUAGGACAUCGCUUAGCAAGAGGUCUCUCAGAGAAAUCCCCCCCGAGGACUGGAAGCUUCAGGUGGGCGAUGGCAGCCGACCAGCUGCCUCGGUCUCAAGUGACCUGGCUAGACCUGGGGACGAAGAGGAGCUGCGGAUGUUGGCCAGCCUGUGCCGAGCACAAACGGAGGAGGAGGAGGAGGAUGAGGCCAGCGGCGGUGGCGGUGACGCCGGCCUCAGCGCUUCCCAGCGGCGCCGCUGCAACGUCAGCCUCAGCACCAGCAGUGAUGACACCACCACCUGGACCCAGUGCUACCCUCUGCCCGACAGCCAGGGCCAGUACUACCAGAAGGAGAUGAACCCUCUCCUCCACUCCAAUCCCAGGGAAUGGAUGGAUGUGCUCAGCCCUCCCCUCAUCCCUCCGAGCCAGCACAGGGCAAAGGGCAAGGAUGAUCUCUGCAAGGUCACAGAUGAAGGAGCUGAUAAUAGCUGUGAUGGGGAAGAGUUUCUCAACUUGCUUUACGAUCCAGGUCUUAACUGUUAUUUUGAUCCACAGUCUGGGAAAUACUAUGAACUGGCCUGAUUGUAACUCCUGUAUAUAGUUUGUAUUAUAUUGUAUUGUAUUGUGUUGUAUUGCAUUGCACUGUGUAGUUUCUCCAUACUGUAGAAAUCCAGUGUUCACAUUAUUACUGAUAAAAAAUUAAAUCACGAAACACAUGCUGAGUAACUGAAUUGUAUCAAUUCAUAAUCAACUUGAUAUCAAAGGAUAGGAAGCUCUUCCUUUCAUAAUUUUAGUUUACAGUAUAACAUUAGGCUAGAUUGUUUUUCAUUACUGUGUUGUUGUACAGUGUUCAACUCAAGCAAGAGUGUGUUUCUGCAUGCUGUGGUAUUGGAUCGUUAUAUGAGUUGAUCACCCAGUGGGAGUAUUUUAUACAAGAACUCUGAUUUAUAAUAAAAUGGAAGAUAUGCAAUAGCUGAACAUACUGUGUGUGUGUGUGUGUGUGUGUGUGUGUGUGUGUGUGUGUGUGUGUGUGUGUGUGUGUGUGUGUGUGUGUAAAAUUACAGAUAAUAUGUGUGUCUUAGUUUGCAUUGACUGUUAUGAUGGGGGUGGGGGUACACUUUAUUUUUUUCAUUGUCAAAAAGGGAGCCUGCUUCGGAUGUCUAAUAAACAGCUAAAUAACAUUAUAGUCUAUUAAUUAUGCAAUUUGUUUCACAGUUAUCAAGGACCAAACAAAGUGUCGUGGUUCUGAAAUAGCUUGCUUAAGGUUCUUGAAAGGACUGGUAACCCUGCUGAGCUACUCGCUCAAAGCCAUACCUUAUUAGACAUUCUCUGAAAUUGAAGAGGCUCUCAAAUGAGGCGGCGUAUGAUCCAAUCGCUAGACACAGCGGCAGUGACGUAGUCAACCAAAUGAGGAAGUAAACAAUCAUGGCGACUUAUGCACACUCAGAGAAGUCGACAGUAAAACUCAUAAUAUCAGUUUCUUGUGUGUAUGUGUUAGCUAUUUUCUUGGACACAGUCGAUACCUUACCCUCGAACUACCUCAGUCUUCAGGAUUCUCCAAAUAGUCGACACCAAAGAGACAGCCCGACUGCAACAACUCCACAGGUAAAAAGUCUUCAUCCCGGGGUUGUGGCAUCGGUGGUUAUCGUUUCAUUAGCUGCAUUGGUGGCUGCAAUAUAUGUCAUUCGGAAAUACUGCUUCCCUCAAAACGAUGCCGUAUACAGGUAUUCAGUCCUGAGACAGAUGGAGGAACAACGCACAAGUGCUACCGAGGAAAGCCGACUGUCAGAGGAGUCAGACGAGGACCUCCUGGAGUAAUCACCACCUAUGUCACUCCACAUGGACUCCACUCCACUACUAUUGGCCUUGCUGGAUGUUCCAUUUGACCUGUUUCAUGCCUAUGGCUGUAUUGACAGGAAACACUGCUCUUGUUAUCCCUUAUGUUAAGCAGCUGACAUUUUAAAAUAAGCACUGGUGCUAAUCAAUACAAGGUCCACUCUUAACUGUACAUGCAGCCUACACUGAAUUUAGGAGGUUUAAGAGGUUCAAGAGGUGAAACAUACAUAGUUAUAUGUAAUAACAAUGGCUUCAACGUUUCGGAUAACUUCACACAUAGAACUUUUCCUCACUUUAAGCCCUGUCAAUGAAAAAGGUUGCUUUCACAGAAGAAAUUAAAUAAGAACAAACCGAUCAGCUCCUGACCGUACAAAUAGAUGAUUCUUACGUGUGAUGGUGUGAGGAUUUGUGAGGAGUCUUAUGUAUGUAGUGGAGAUAUAAACUCAGGUGGAAUGUCCUGUGUCCACGAGUAUUAACUGCUGUAGCCUAGAUGUGUGUGUGUGUGUGUGCGCGCGCAUGCAGGUAUGUCACCAAGUGAUAUAUCUCAGGUGUAGGUCACUAUAUGGUACCCUGUUCACACUUAAAAGUGUGUGACAACCAUUUUAAGAGCGCAUCGCUUAUGGCGGAUGAUGGUUACUUUGUUUUUUUGCUACCCACACUCCUGCUUUGCAUGAAAGGAAUAUUACCAUUAUCAGUGUGACGAGAUCAGUCAAUAUAAGUGGGAUGGUGAUUGGGCACUUGUUUGUGAGGUUUUUUUUUUCAUCUAAAACGAUAUGACUACUGAUGGAAAACAGUAGUCAGAUCAUUGAACGCAUAAGCUUUAGCUUACGGUUUUAGUCAGUGUCUUCAAAAUUCAUAUUAAAUGAUGAAUAAUGUAACAUAUUAGAUGAGAACAUUAGUUCUUAUACCAAAGACAGUUUUGAAAGGAGGCAAAACUUUAUGUUUUUAUUGUAUACCUCAAUAAACCGCUCAGGGUAAUUGUUAGGCUAUUAAGUAAGCCAAACAAUUUUACCUUGUGAUGAAUUCAAAUUGAAUAUGGAUUGACUACUACAUGAAAAAUAGCUUGUUAAAGAAUAUAAACCAUUAAAGGGAAACUGUACAUCAGUAGGCUUAUGUGAAAAUACAGGAUUUUCCUCAACCGUUUAUAAUGAAAAAGAAUGUGAAAUUUACCUGUUGUGCAAUACUUUUGUAAUUUCUCAUUAUAACACUGCAUUGUUGUGACAUGCAAGUACAUUAUCAAUAAUGACUGUUCAUAACUCUUCACUUCAUUUGAUUUUUUUGUUUUGUUUGGUUGAUUGUUUCUAAUAUGUGCCUUUGUUGAUAUUGUCUGUUGUGUGCUUAAUUGUUACUUAUUUUCUCAUUUUAACUUUUUUUUAUGUCUCCAGUAUGUAAAUACAAAUGCUCCCACUUUAAUGAAUGUUCUUUUUAGCCCAAGAACCUUGUUGUCAUACUACCUCUGUCGAGGCUAAUAAUUCAGAUCUGUUUGCCUGCGUGUGCUCACAUUAAACUAAUUUGGUUCAAUAUACUUCUAUUUUUCAAGAUAAUAGUCACCAUAUUGGUCCAAUCAUCUGGACCAUCAGGAUCUGACUAAUGCAUUUGUUUCCCUCUUUUUUUCAUUAUAUGUAGGCUAUGUGAAAUACUGUAGAUUAAGGCCUUCAAAACAUUAAUUGCACAUCCCAGCCACCAGGAGGCGUAGAUCACAAGGAAAUCACAGGUCCACCUCUCUUCACUUGUCUCUUUCUUUAGAGAAAGUUGAUUGGGGAGGGGCAUAUAUAUCUAUGGGGGAGGGACUAAACACACAUGGAAGUGGUUUGCUUUUAUGGGAGGUGACUGGAGGUGACAGUUGUGUAUAUCCUUGUUGAGAUCUAUAUCAUAGCUUUGAGAUCUUUGGAACACCUAACCAAAGCAGGCUAAUUAGUUGUCAAGUUACUUAAGAUAAUUUAAGUGACAUAAUCAAAUGUGUAUAUAGCCUAUAUAAGAGUAUGAAAGGGUUGUACGUUAUCACUGGAAUAUGUUUUGUCCUUUGCCUUGCCUGUUACAUGACUUAUGUGCUGACACCUGACUUACUACAACUCACACAGCUGCAAGGUGUCCUGACUCCCAUAUCCUGCCUUUGCAGGCAAUGUACUGCCAAGGUUGAAGUGCCCCUCACGUAAAGGCUGCUCCUUCGACCAGUUUGCAUUUUACAUCAGGAGUGGAGUGGCUGAUGUGGUGCCCCC